AAAAAAAAGUUAAAAAUAAGUAAUUAAAUUUUGUUGAAUAAUAAUGUUUAUUUAAAUAAUAAUAAUAAAUUUUUAUUUAAAUAUUUCUUAUAAUAUCCAUACGAAGUAAAAUAUAAAUUUAUUGUUAUACUUUCUAUUAUAAAAAAAUUGCAAAUCUACCUUUAAAUUAAAGCACGUGUUUUUCUUUAAUAUAUAACCUAUAUUCAUUUCUGAUUUUGAACAGAUUUUAAGAUAAAAUUUUGUAAAUAAUAAAAGAACUAAGUUAUAUAUUUUAUUUUUUAGAUGAUGCAUAUUCAAAAAAGAAUUGAGGAAAUUGAUAUACAUAGAUAAUAGUUAAACAUUCAUAUUUUAUAUUGUAUAUUAAUGUAUUGUUUUAUUUAUACCAAAGAAAAAUAUCUCAGUAUUAUCAUUUAGUUCCAUAAAGAUAAAAUGAUUUCUCAAAUAUUUGAUGAAUCUCCAAAAGAAACACAAUUAAUUACUUCAGAUGAUGAAUCUCAGAAUCUUAAAAAAAUUGAUAAAAAUGUUAAUGGUACUAAUAAAAUACAAAUGAAAAAACAAUUAGGUCUUUUAGAAGGAAUUGCAAUUAUUUUAGGAAUUAUAUGUGGUUCAGGUAUUUUUAUUUCCCCAAAAGGUGUAAUCACAGAAGUAGGAAGUGUUGGAAUAUCUUUAAUUAUUUGGGUUUUAUGUGGUUUACUUUCUAUGGUGGGUGCAUUAUGCUAUGCUGAAUUAGGUACUUGUAUACCUCGUAGUGGCGGAGACUAUGCUUAUAUCUAUGAGGCUUUUGGUGAUUUACCUGCUUUCUUGUAUUUAUGGGCUGCUAAUUUAAUUUUUGUACCAACUACAAAUGCUAUCAUGGGAUUAACUUUUGCUGAGUAUGUUUUACAACCAUUUUUCCCAAAUUGUUCUAUUCCAGAUAGUAGUGUACGUUUAUUGGCAGCAGUUACUAUUUGUUUACUUACAUUUAUAAAUUGCUAUGAUGUCAAAGAUACAUCUAAAAUGCAAAAUGUAUUCAUGUUUGCCAAAGUUGGUGCAUUACUAAUUAUAAUUAUCACUGGAUUAGUUUGGGUAAUGUUAGGACAUACAGAAAAUUUUGAAAAUGCAUUUGAAAAUACAAUUACGGAUCCUGGUAAAAUUGCAGUUGCCUUCUAUUCUGGUAUAUUUUCAUAUUCUGGAUGGAAUUAUUUAAAUUUUAUGACCGAAGAAUUAAAGGAUCCUUAUAUAAAUUUACCACGAGCUAUAUACAUAUCAUUACCUUUAAUUACUCUUAUUUAUGUAUUGGCAAAUGUAGCAUACUUAUCAGUUUUAACUCCAACUGCGAUGAUUGCUUCUCGUGCAAUUGCUGUGACUUUUGGUGAUCAACUUCUUGGUAUGAUGGCAUGGACGAUACCUGUUAUGGUAGCUAUAUCUGCAUUUGGAGGAUUAAGUGUUCAUAUUAUGACAUCAUCUAGAAUGUGUUUUGUUGGUGCCAGAAAUGGACAUUUCCCUUCCAUGUUAAGUCAUAUUAAUAUUUCAAGAUUUACACCCACUCCUGCUUUGAUUUUUCUUUGUAUGUUGUCUUUAAUAAUGUUAUGCACAAGUGAUAUUUUUGUAUUGAUUACAUAUUGCAGUAUAGUCGAAUCAUUUUUCAUAAUGCUAUCAGUAGCUGGUGUUUUAUGGCUUCGUUAUAAACAACCCAAUAUGAAUCGACCAAUUAAAAUGCCUUUAUGGAUUCCUAUUACAUUUGUGGCUAUUUGUGCAUUUUUAGUAUUUGUUCCUUGCUAUCAAAGGCCAUAUGAAGUUGGAAUUGGUGCUUUAAUAACUUUAUCUGGAAUUCCAGCUUAUUUCAUAGGUGUUAAAUGGAAAAAUAGACCAUUGUGGUUUCAACAAUUUAAUCUCAAAAUUACCUAUACCGUGCAAAAAUUAUUUUUAUCUGCCAUAGAGGAACGGGAUUAUUAAUUUACAUAAUAUAAAUAUAGAAAAAUUGAAAUUAUUUUAAAUUUUGGUGUUUUACUUUGGUAUUAUUUGUGUAUUAUAUGAUCUAUUCAUAUUGGUAACAUCAAAUGACUUGGUACCCAAAAAUUUAUAAUGUAUAUUAUAAGAUUAAAAGAAUAUGUGAAGUUUGCUCUCUAGGUUAUAAAAUUAAAUAUUUAUAAUUAUCAA